GUUUCUCAUCUUCUUCAUCAACAACGAAUCUCCUAUUCUUAUUUCAUCCCCCUUUUAACUUUAUUUCCAAAAAUAAACAAAAAAACGGCGUAAAGUAAAGAAGAAUAAAAUUCAUAAAUGUGGCGGAGAUCACCUUCCUUCAUCCUUGAUAACCAAGAGCAAGAAAAGCUCUUACUCCUUCAAAAACAACAACAAUUAACCGACGACUAUUUAAACCCCCCACCUCCUCCUUCAAUGUCCGAAACUUCUCUCCAAAACCCUAACCCUCAAAUUUCGGCUUAUUAUCAAACUCGAGCUGCUCAUCAUGGCGUGAUUACUAGUGAUUGGUUGGAUCAGGCUCAAGCUGCUGCUGCCUCUGGUUCUGAACAUUCGCAACAGAUGUCGGAGGUUUCUGUAGGAGAUGAGAAAGGAGAGAGUGUGAUUGAUGAAUUUAAUAAUUGGAGGAAACAACCUGAUUUGGCCGAAGCUGUUGCUGCAAUUAGGGCUUUGGCUUCUGUUAUUAGGUCUUGUAAUGCUACUACUAUGAUGGAACUCGAAAUUGAGCUCAAGAGAGCUUCUGAUUCUCUUAAGUCAUGGGACGCAACAUCUAUCUCGUUAACUGCUGCUUGUGAUCUAUUCAUGCGAUAUGUGACCAGAACAUCAGCCUUAGAAUACGAGGACUUUAAUUCGGCUAGGUCUCGCUUGAUAGAGCGUGCUGAGAAGUUUGGGGAGAUUUCAUAUAAGGCACGUAGAAUUAUCUCAAUGCUUUGUCAAGAUUUCAUAUUUGAUGGAUGCACCAUUUUGGUUCAUGGCUUCUCUCGUGUUGUACUGGAGGUGUUAAAGACUGCAGCUCAAAAUAAAAAAUCCUUUCGGGUUUUUUGUACAGAGGGAAGACCAGACCGGACUGGAUUGCGUUUCUCUAAUGAAAUGGCCAAGCUUGAUGUUCCUGUGAGACUCUUGAUUGACUCAGCAGUUGCAUAUUCUAUGGAUGAGGUGGACAUGGUAUUUGUUGGGGCAGAUGGAGUAGUUGAAAGUGGUGGUAUCAUCAACAUGAUGGGAACCUACCAGAUUGCAUUGGUUGCUCACAGCUUAGAUAAACCUGUGUACGUUGCUGCUGAAAGUUACAAGUUUGCACGUCUAUAUCCUCUGGAUCAAAAAGACAUGCCUCCCGCCUUGCGUCCCAUUGACUUCGGUGUGCCUGUCCCAUCAAAGGUUGAAAUUGAAAAAUCAGCCAGUGACUAUACACCUCCGCAAUAUCUUACUCUCUUGUUUACAGAUCUAGGUGCUUUAACACCAUCUGUUGUCAGUGAUGAGCUUAUUCAGCUUUACCUGUAGGUAUGCCUAGAUUGGAUCUCAGUUGGUUCUGCAACAUACAACUGCACGAUUUAUCACUGUUAUAUUUUUGUUUAGUCAUGUGAGGUUCACCGGAGAAAUUCCAGGUGUGUUCUCAAAUUUUGGGAUUUUCGUUGAAAUCCGUAAAAAGAAUCUUGUUUUUGCAUCUUUAAUGCUGAUGCUGUGAGUGAAACGGUAACCCCUGUCAUUGCUACAUUUGUGUUAUUCGGCAACAUACACUCCUCAUGGUUUUCGUGCAGAGAACAAAAGUUGUGGUGUAGGUGUAUGAUCCAAUUUUGUCUUGAAAUGAAAAGGCAUGUGAACACAGUUACAAUCUAACUCCAAUAAAAUGGUGCUAUUUUUUGAUGUAGAAGUGCAGUUCCUGUCAUGUAUAAGAUGUUCGCGCCCUUUUUAUAGAUGAUCCAACCCAUUUUAGAGGAGCAGCACUAUCAAUCGCUUGUGUUAAUUUUUAUUUCCUCAGAUUUUGCUGCUAUCUGAUUUUAAGAUCGCAUCAUGAUGAAAACGGACAUCCAUGGCUUACUGAUUGUUGAUGCACAUUUUCUGGAAAUUCCACUUCCGUGAAAAUUUAUCCGAGCUUGACAUGAUCAUUGGUUCGCAUAGUCAAUCAGGCUUGGUCUUAGUGGCGAAUAGGCUUGGGCGAGGUGUUUUCUGAGUUGCAAUUCUUUAUUUUUAGUACUUCUAUCUUUUAAGCUCCAAUGAAGAAUAAUGAACUUCAAUAAUAGAACAACUUUCAAUAAUCAAGUUUAGAGAACAUAUCCAAUGCUUUCCGCAAUGCAAUUAGGUAGUCACCCAACAAUAAAUUCUUAUUUUUGCUCUACUUUUGAAGAGAUGGGAAUAUAAUGAAUGCUUACGUAGAAGGGAUCUGAUCCCAACUUUCUAGUAAAGUAGCAACAAGUAACAAAAUACAUCACAUAUAUUCUCCUAAACUGGUGUGUAGCUUCUUUUUCAGGCUAUAUCAUGAAUAUGAUUGGUAGAUCUUGGCAACAUCAAUAUUCUGAUUCCUGUUCCACAUCCUCUAUAAACAUAAUUAUUCAAAUCCAAAGUUUUAAAGAUCGGAAUGGGCUAGAAAAAUAAAAGUUGCACGGGGUUUUCUUGUUUGCACAACCAAUUGUAGUCUAAGUUCUAUAAUACCAUAUUUAUAUAUAAAAAUACUUACU